AUGACUUCCAAUAGGCGGCGGCAGUCUGUCUCUUCAGACACGGAGAGGCUCCUCGCCGAAGAGCAAGAACGCACACCAUUGCACAGUAGUCGCCAUGGUCGUCGCCGCCUGGUGGGCAAGCCGUUGCUCUACUCUAUCUCAGUUUUCAUUAGCUUGGGCGUUUUCCUGUUUGGCUAUGACCAAGGCGUUAUGAGCGGAAUCAUAACGGGGCCUUAUUUCCGGAAGUACUUCAACAAUCCUGGACCCAUCGAAAUUGGAACGAUGGUAGCGGUCUUGGAAAUCGGUGCAUUCGUGACUUCGCUGGCGUCUGGUCGCGUCGGCGACAUUAUCGGACGGAAGGGGACUCUAUACGCUGGAGCAAUUGUCUUCACCAUUGGAGGCCUCAUACAGACUUUUACCAUCGGCUUCUGGACAAUGGUUCUCGGACGGAUUGUCAGCGGGUUUGGGGUGGGCUUGCUCUCGACAAUUGUCCCUAUAUAUCAAAGCGAAAUCUCGCCCGCGGACAACAGAGGAGCUCUCGCCUGCGUGGAAUUCACGUUCAACAUCAUCGGGUACUCAUCGUCGGUCUGGUUGGAUUACUUCUGCUCCUUCAUUGACGGGGACUUGGCUUGGAGAAUACCCUUGGCCAUGCAGUCAGUCAUCGGAACAGUGCUCGCACUGGGUUGUUUUGCCAUCCCAGAGAGUCCGCGUUGGUUGAUUGAUACCUCGCAAGACUCUGAGGGCCUCAGAGUGAUUGCGGACCUUCAUGGAGGCGGGGAUACUAACCAUCCGCUUGUUCGCACCGAGUACGACGAAAUUCGUGAGAAGGUGCAUGAAGAGCGCAUGUCUGGAGAGAAGAGGUCCUACUCUGUCCUUUGGCGAAAAUACAGGAAACGUGUUCUUUUGGCGAUGUCGUCCCAAGCUUUUGCUCAAUUGAAUGGAAUAAAUGUCGUUUCGUAUUAUGCCCCUCGGAUCUUCGAAGAGGCCGGAUGGAUAGGAAGAGAUGCAAUCCUCAUGACAGGCAUUAACUCGAUCGUUUACGUUCUGAGCACAAUACCUCCGUGGGUCCUGGUCGACCGAUGGGGACGACGUCCGAUUCUCAUGUCCGGUGCCGUCGUCAUGGCUAUUGCGUUGAUGGCGACAGGAUGGUGGAUGUAUGUGGACGUCCCGGGGACUCCCAAAGCUGUGGUCAUCUGCAUCAUCAUCUUCAACGCGGCCUUUGGUUACAGUUGGGGACCUAUUCCAUGGCUUUAUCCCCCGGAGAUCAUGCCCCUGGCCUUCCGUGCCAAAGGCGUUUCGCUUUCAACUGCGACCAACUGGGUGUUUAACUAUAUCGUUGGGCAGGCGACGCCGUACCUCCAAGAAGUGAUCCAAUGGAGAUUGUACCCCAUGCACGGAUUGAUAUGCGUCUGCAGCCUGGUGUUGGUGUACUUCCUGUAUCCGGAGACGAGCGGCGUCCCAUUGGAAGAAAUGGACCAAGUGUUUGGAGAAGGUAAAUUUCCUCAGUAA